CGGUAGUUCUUUCAGACAGAGGUAGUGAUCGGGUGUAGUUAGUGUGGUUGAGUUUGUGCGUGUUCAAGGGUUUGAGUAAAUUUGUGUGCACCAUGAGCUGGCAGGAUUAUGUAGACAAGCAGUUGCUGGCUUCUAAAUGUGUUACUAAAGCAGCAAUUGCUGGACAUGACGGAAAUGUUUGGGCGAAAUCGGAAGGAUUUGAAGUAUCGAAAGAAGAAAUUGCAAAGUUGGUGCAAGGUUUUGAGAAACAAGAUAUCUUGACGUCUUCUGGUGUCACGUUGGCUGGCAACAGAUAUAUUUACCUGUCUGGAACUGAUAGAGUUAUUAGGGCAAAGCUUGGAAAGGUUGGUGUGCAUUGCAUGAAGACACAGCAAGCUGUUGUAGUUUCACUAUAUGAGGAUCCCAUCCAACCACAACAGGCAGCCUCUGUUGUGGAAAAAUUAGGGGAUUACUUAGUGUCCUGUGGAUACUAGAGGUAUAAUAGACUGUUCUCAUGUGGUGAUAUGAAGAAGCAGCAGCAGCAACAACAGAGAUGGUCGUUUUUUUCUAUACAGCGAACUGUAAUGUGCAUCAUGGUUCUGGCUAAUAAUUCAGUUUGAGUUUAAACUCAUAUGGUGAAAAUCUUGAACUGCAUUUUUCUUUUCUCAGUACCUUGUGUCCGGAUGUUUGUGGCAAGUAUUGCUUCAGUUUGUGAAUGAGGCAUUGAGCAUAUCAUGGGCUCUUGGAAGUGGACAAAUUGUUGGCAACGUUCUCCAAAGUACACUUUGGCUAGUAAUCCAAGGUGUACCUCGAAGUUCGCCUGGAAUGAAAAUUGAAGAAUUGUAGCUGAUACUAGUAUGACCAUUGCAUUUGAUACUGAGUCAUUAGGAUUUUUAUAAUCUCUAGUCCUGCUCUUUCUACCCCAUAUCUUUCCCUUUGCCGUGUGAAAUUUUGUUGAAAAUUAAUUUAUUGGCGAAGUCUUCAAAGCUUUAGAACCCAGUGUACUCAUUCCUUGUCUAUAUGUAUCACAACCAAUAAAGUCAGAAGCUUGAAUGACAAAUAUUGGUGGAGCUCAGGAGGGCUAGCGCAGUGUGCGUAGUGUCUCCUGCCUGCACUGUGAUUGUGGUGUAAUUUUAAGAUGGUUUGCAGACUAUAAAUAUAAUGGAUAAAAGCUCGUUUUAGUGCUAUGUUGCUGAAAGGAUUUGUGGUGGCUUUGAUUUUUACUACGGUCUAAUUUAAACAAUAAUUAGCUUUGUAAAAGAAUUGAAUAUGGAAUUUGAGAAAUUUACCAAAAUCAAAUUUGUAUAAAAGUAUGGCAUAGUCAGUUGAAUGACUUUUACUGCAACUUUGUGUUGAAGUAAAAGUUAUUCAGCGAAUGUGAAAACUGGGGGAAUAUGAAUUUUACAGUAAUCUUUUUUAUGUAAAGCGUUAGUGUAGCAAAGUUUAUAUAUCUUGUUUCCUAUAAUUUAAAGAGAUAUUUUUGUCCGUAAAAUGGAAUUAUCUUGGCCCCGGCCUUUUGUGCUCUACUUCAGGGGGCGAGAGCAAUUGUGUGCCAAUUGUAUACCAACUUCAGGUUAGUCUCCUGCUGGAUUUAUACAUUUUGUACUGAUUUUAAUGACCACUGUAUUCCAGUAUUUUUCGUUAUUCUUAUGAAUUGUACUGUUCCCCUUCAGGGCCCCCAAUAAAAAUUAAUCAAAAAGUG